CCGCUUCCUCCUCUACUCGGCGGCCCCCUCCGCAACCUCGAGCCGAUCCACGGCGAUCAUGUUCGCCGAAAAGGGUGUUGACAUGACACCUCAGCCCCGGAAAGUUAAGAUUAAAAUCAGUGUCCCUUACGACACAAGUCGGAAGAUUCACAACCGACACCAUAGAAGUUUGAGUACAGGUCAAGGCCAGGACCCUCCGAACAAGGAGGAGGAGGAUCAGGACGAGCAUGUCGUAUAUGGCUAUGAGGAUAGUUUGGUCAAACUCGAUCCACCCAUCAGUAAGCAGAAAGCUCGUAUGAACAUCGUGGUCAUUGGCCAUGUCAACUCUGGCAAGUCGACCACCACUGGCCAUCUGAUCUACAAGCUUGGAGGUAUCGAUGAGACUGUGAUCCAGUGCCUUGAGAAGGAAGCCGCUGAGAUGAACAAGAGGUCAUUCAAGUACGCCUGGGUGCUUGACAAGCUGAAGGCUGAGAGGGAGAGGGGUAUCACCAUUGAUAUUGCCCUGUGGAAAUUCGAGACCACCAAAUACUACUGCACUGUCAUUGAUGCCCCUGGUCACCGUGACUUCAUCAAGAACAUGAUUACUGGUACCUCCCAGGCUGACUGUGCUGUGCUCAUCAUUGACUCCACCAAAGGUGGCUUUGAGGCUGGCAUCUCCAAGGAUGGCCAGACCCGUGAGCAUUCGCUGCUUGCCUUUGUUUUAGGAGUUAAGCAGAUGAUCUGCUGCUGCAACAAGAUGGACGCCACAGCUCCCAAGUACUCGAAGACCCGUUACGAGGAAAUUGUUAAGGAAGUCUCUUCCUACCUGAAGAAGGUCGGCUACAACCCUGACAAGGUUCCCUUCGUCCCCAUCUCUGGGUUUGAGGGUGACAACAUGAUUGAGAGGUCCACCAACCUCAACUGGUACAAGGGCCCUACCCUGGUUGAGGCACUUGACCAGAUCAACGAGCCCAAGAGGCCCUCAGACAAGCCCCUGCGUCUUCCCCUUCAGGACGUUUACAAGAUUGGUGGCAUUGGAACUGUGCCCGUUGGCCGUGUUGAGACUGGUGUCAUCAAGCCUGGUAUGGUUGUUGCCUUUGGCCCCACUGGUCUGACAACUGAGGUCAAGUCUGUUGAGAUGCACCAUGAGCCUCUCCUGGAGGCGCUUCCUGGUGACAUUGUCGGCUUCAAUGUCGAGAAUGUAGCCGUAAAGGAUUUGAAGCGUGGGUUUGUUGCAUCCAACUCCAAGGAUGACCCUGCCAAGGAGGCAGCCAACUUCACUUCCCAGGUCAUCAUCAUGAACCACCCUGGUCACAUUAGCAAUGGCUAUGCCCCAGUGCUGGACUGCCACACCUCCCACAUUGCUGUCAAGUUUGCUGAGCUGGUGACCAAGAUCGACAGGCGAUCUGGUAAGGAGCUGGAGGCGCUGCCCAAGUUCCUGAAGAAGGGUGAUGCCGGUAUCGUGAAGAUGAUUCCCACCAAGCCCAUGGUUGUGGAGACCUUCGCCGCCUACCCUCCUCUUGGCCGUUUUGCUGUGCGUGACAUGAGACAAACGGUUGCUGUUGGUGUCAUCAAGGGUGUGGAGAAGAAGGAGGUUACCAAGGCUGCCAUCAAGAAAUGAGUAUGCCAUCGAGUGAUCCACCGUAACCUGUAGUGUAAUGUACUUAAUUGGAGAAAUUUUGGUGUCCGUUGUUACAAGUGCUUAACUAACGAAUUGCAGUCUGUCUCACGUAGUGUGAUUCUCUGGUUAUAUUCAUAUAAUGUCCAUGUAAUACUUUGCUUGCUUACCUUGCACAAGUUUUAGUGUAAACCUUUCUGGAGAAUUUAGUGUGCUCAAAUCAUCCGUUGUAAAAAGUGCUUGAGCAAGAACUAAUGAAUUGCAAUCUGUCUUACGUCC